AUGUCGGUCAAACUCACCUUUGUCUCUCCUGGUGAUGGGGGUGGUAUCAGCAGGAGUUGUUCCUUCACUGGAUUCAGCACUGUGCAAAGCAGAAAACUGGCAAAGUCUCUCGGCAGAAGUUCAGUGAGAUCAAGAAUGUCACUGAAAUCACCCAAGGCAUAUAAUUCCCUGCAGAAGGGAGCAGUCAUCUGGGAUCCAAAGCCACUGCAGGUGAAGAAAAUUUUUGAAGCUUUGAAGAAAGGACUUAAUGAAUACUUGGAAGCACAUCAGGCAGAAUUGGAUUAUCUCUCUGGUCGACACAAAGACACAAAAAGGAACUCCAGAUUGGCUUUCUACUAUGACCUGGAUAAGCAAAUUCGCUCUGUGGAGAGAUACAUCAGAAAACUGGAGUUUCACAUAAGCAAGGUAGAAGAGCUCUAUGAAGCUUACUGUAUCCAGUGCAGACUACGAGAUGGGGCCACUAAUAUGAAACAUGCCUUUUCCUUGUCUCCUUCCACAAAAGCCUCCAGAGAAAGCCUGGUGGAGCUUUACAAGAACUUCCAAGAGUGCACAGAGGACAUGUGCUUUAUAGAAGGGGCAUUGGAGGUCCAUUUGGGAGAGUUUCACUUGAAGAUGAAAGGGUUGGUGGGCUUUGCACGUCUCUGCCCGGGAGACCAGUAUGAGGUGUUUGUGCGACUGGGGCGCCAAAAAUGGAGGUUGAAAGGCAAGAUUGAGACUGAUGACAGCCAGACAUGGGAUGAGGAAGAAAAGAUUUUUAUACCCAAUCUCCACGAGAAGUUUGAAAUCAAGGUGACAGAGCUGCGAGGACUGGCCACUAUUCUAGUUGGUGUCGUGACAUGUGACACCAUCAGCUUCUUUACAACCAAGCCUCAGGCAAUCAUUGUGGAUAUAACUGAACUGGGCACCAUCAAGCUACAGCUGGAAGUCCUCUGGAACCCCUUUGACACAGAGAACCUGUUUUUGUCACCUGGAUCCACUGCCAAGUUCUCUGUGAGUAGCAGGAAGAGCUCUUUAUACAACUGGACCCCACCAAAUACUCCCAGCUUCAGAGAGAAAUACUACCUGUCUGUUUUGCAGCAAAGUCAGAACCAAGGGGAUGUCAGUGAUGAAGCUCAGCCUCCCAGCAUAUUGAGCUACUUGGCUGCCUGUGAUUUUGAUGUACAUGGGAAGAGUAAGCCUCACAAUCCUGCUGAGACAAGUGAGGCAGACUCAUUCAGCUCUGAGGAUCAGAAGGGGACAGAAUCCAGAAAUACAACUCCGGCUCUAAACCAUAGGACAUUGCCAUUGGUGAUUAUCCAAGAGACUUGUGCAGAAGAGCGACAGCAUCCUCUUCCAAAUCACACGACUCUAGAUAUCCUGAAGAAGACUCCAUGUGUGGAUGGAUUUCCAAAUAAGCCAUCAAGUUUUCUGAAUCACCAUAGAGGGACCAGAGAUUCUUUCAACCAGACCAGAAUUCUCCAUCUGGCAGACCAAGAUGUUAGUCAGAAAAGCUUGAAUGCUGCAAAUGAGCUAAAACUAGAUGGGCAUACAAAGUCAAUGGAUAAGACUCUUCAAGAAGUGUUAAGUUUACUGAAAUUACAUGAUGUUGGCCAAGCCCAGCUGGAGAAACUGGAAUACCAGGUUUCAUCACUGAGGGAUAAAUUAAAGCUAAAGCCACUUCCUUGCAAACAUUCAUCUAUGGAAAGUUUAAUGGUGGAGACAGUCCUGGAAAGUUUUGACUUUUUGAAUGCUGACUGUAGUGCUGAUGAGCUUUCAUUAUUUGGAAGCAUAAGGACAGCCAGUGUCAGCACAAACAAUGACAACACACUCCAGUCCUUGAGCUGUGAUAUGAGAACAGAACCAAGAGAGGUAACUACUGGUGAUGACAACUUGGACACCCUUUUGAUAACUCAUCUGAAGCUGUGCAAAAGUCUUUUGCAGAAACUGAAAUCACCCAAUGUAGCCCGAGUUGUCCAGGAGAGCAUUUUGGAAGAAGUAACAGAGCAGACGCGAGUCCUGGGGGAUGUCUUGGAUAUGUCUGUUGAGGAACUUAUUCAGAAGACUAAAAAGAAGAAGCAAUAUCUGAAAAUCUGGAGUGAUCUUGCAGAGCCUGGCACAAUCUUGUUUGCUUCAGCAGACAGAUUCCAUCAUGCAUUAAAAUACACAUUGACACUCAAAAUGAAGGAAAAAUACCCUGGUCAAUUAGAAGCAGUAUUGCGGAGGUUGCUGGAGCAGAUCACCACCUGUGAUGGGUUGCUCCCCUCUCUGUAUCUCCAAACAGAAACAGUUACUUUAUUCCAAUUUUAUAGCUACCUGGAGAAACAUCACAUUACCAGCCUGGAGAAACACGUGGGAAAACUUGCUAAAGAAGUGAUGCUAAUUGAGGAGCUGCAGUGUCCUGGGCGGCUGAAGACUCUGAAGAAACUGAAGGGAAAGCGACUGAACAAACUCCAGCCUCUGCCACAGACUUUACGGCUACUUGGGAUUUUACAGCUAGAUGAGAACCACCGUGUCAGCAAAGCAGCCACAUCCUGCCUCUCCCGUGCAGCAGCAAACAAGAACUUUAGGGAAAAGGCUCUCUUUUUUUACACUGAUGCUUUAGCUGAUUGUGAUGCAAGACUUCAGCAAGCUGCAUGUUUGGCCCUUAAAAAUCUCAGAGGUGUUGAGAGUAUUGAGCAGGUUGCCUGCCUGUGCCAGUCUGAAACAGAGGAAGUUAGGAAUGCAGCCAGGGAAACAACGCUCUCCUUUGGUGAAAAGGGACGACAAGCCUUUGAGAAAAUGGACAAAAUUUGCUGUGAAUUAAGAGAAACUGUACAAGAGGCUGAAAUUGAAAUCACAGUAUUUUAG